UAUACAUUUACCUCAGUAGGGACCCAGGUAGGGGAACAGUUCUUUUGGCGAUCAUAGUUAAUGAUAUUUGCAAUCAGUUCAUUCAAGUGUGACUAAGAGGAGACACAUACCAAAAUCAACCCAUUGAUUCAGUUACACAUUUGUACAUUAAGCCAAGAGAUAAGCUGGAUUUGGAUUAUAUUUGGAUAUAUAAAAUUAAACCAUGCAAGGCAAACAUGUAAUGUUAUCCUACCAAUUUGCUCAACAAAGCAUGGUUGAGGGAGUAUAUGAUGCUCUUAAAGCUAAAGGAAUCCCAGUAUGGAUGGCCCUUCAUAGAGACAUGGCAGGACAACUUCAUGAAAGUACCCUCUAUGGUGUUGAGAAUGCCAUGGUCAUCUGCUGUUUCGUGUCAACAAAAUACCAGGAAUCAUGGAACUGUAAAACAGAACUCAGUUAUGCAUAUUCAUUGGACAAGUGCAUUAUUCCAUGCAUGACUGAACAAGGCUUCAAGGCCAGUGAUUGGCUAGGAGAAAUUACAACAGGCCUAGAAGGAAUAGACCUCGGAGAAGAGGCCGAUGAUCCAAAUAAAAUUAAAUCACUCAUCAAGGAGAUCAUGUAUCAAGCUGGACAAAAAAAAUCAAAAAAUAUUCCAACACCAGGAUUAAAGGAACAAUCAAAGGCAGAGGAACAAACAAUAGAAGAACAAACAAUAAGAAAGGCACAAGCAACGACAAUGGCUGUGGCCUCGUGAUCAAAUGAAGUCACAAACUGAGAAGAUACUUGGACAUUUGAAAACAUUUGAUACAUCAGGAAAGUAAUGAAACUUUCCACCUUUCCCACUAAUGAAUUCUUGUAAUGCCACUGACAACUCAGAAAACCAGAUAAAUUCAUAAAUAGUUUGAGUAAACCAUCAUCUUAAUUAAUCACCAUCAGGUUCUUAUCACCAUCAUGAAUUUAAAUCUCACAUUCAUUCAUUCUUCUGAUGACCAUCAUCAUUUUGUCUCUCACAUUCAUGUUCCAGUCAUGUUCUUGCUGUAUUUGUUUUUAUAUAUCUGAAUGAGUCUGUUAUGAGGCGAUGAUGAUUAUUAUAUAUUUUGUUUACUAUUUAUUUAUUAAUUUCUGCAAUAAAUACUCAUCUGCCGAACAUGGAG